AUGAAAACAACAAAUUUGCUUGGUACAGGGCUACCACUUCUGUUGGUAAACACAAUAAGGGCUCAAAUAGAUUCACAAGUUCCAGAAAGUAAAGUUAUAGGGGUUUUUCCUGAAGAUCAGCACUUAUAUGUCGAGUUAAACGAACAUGGUAAAUGGAAUUGUCUUGGUGACCAGUCAAUCGAGAUUCUACCGUCUCAAAUCAAUGAUGGGAUUUGUGAUUGUCCUGAUGGAUCAGAUGAACCAGGCACUGGAUCCUGUACAGAAAACUCAAGUCUAUUUUAUUGUGAAAAUAUUGGAUUCAUUCCAAGGUACAUCUCAAACGAUAAAGUAGGUGAUGGUGUUUGUGAUUGUUGUGAUUGUUCAGAUGAAUUGUUGAGUUCAUCUCAUGUGUCGUAUACAGGUUCAACUUGUGAUGAAUUGAAUGAGAUUUAUAAUUCUAUCUCUUCAAAAGAAAAUGCGAAUUAUAAAUCUGGGAUUAAUAAAUUGAAAAAAUUAUUGGAUGAUAAUAAUGUUAUAUCACCAUUGAUAGAAUUAAAUACAAGUCAGUCAACUAUUAAUCAACUGUUAAUGGACAUUCCAUCGCAUGAAAGAAAUUUAGAAUUACUUGACAAAAAAAUCAUUGAACAAAGACAAAAUUAUCAAGAUAUUUUGAAAAAGAGUAAUCCAAUCUUUUACAAUUAUGAAAAUAAUAAGAAUUUCAACAUUUCUUUAAUUAAAGAAGAUUUGAUCAAAUAUUUUAAUGAAUUAGCCAAAUUUGAUCAAUCUUAUAAAAAUUUAUUCGAAAUUCUUGAUGAAUUAUCACAUUCGUAUUCUAAAUCCUUAAAUGAUAAAGUAGUUAAUGAAAAUGUUUUCAAAUUCAUUAAAAUUACAAGAAGUAAUAAAGAUUUCCAAGAUUUGAUUGUCGAUCCUAUUAAUGAUAAAGAAUUAUUAAGUCAAAUGUUGGAUUAUUAUAAUUUAGAAAUACCACAAAUGAUUAAUUCGCCAGAUACAUUGGAGAAAGCUCAUGAUGCAAAAUAUUUAAAGGGGAAGGCAAAUUUUGUCCCCAUUCUAAUUGAUUCUAAAUUUAAAUAUACUUCUAAAGUAUUACCUUAUUUAACUAAGUUUAGAAAUAUCAUGGAAGAUAUUAAAGAUAAUUACAACGUAAAUUUUCAAGAUUCAGGAGUCAUUGAAGCUGUAGAUUCAUAUAAAAAAUAUUUGGAUUUAUACCCCAUGGAGCAAUUUAAUAAAGAAAUUGAAUUAUCCAACGACUUUAAAGAUCAAUUAGAAAAUUGUAAACAAUUUUUAUAUAAAGUUAUACCACAAAUUUUAAACGAAGGUAUUAUUAAUGAAAAUGAAAAUAUGCAAUCAAGCUUCGAUUCCAACGGUCAAAUUAUUUAUCACUUAUAUUAUACCGUUAAAAAUAAAAUUAAUUGGUUAUUUAAUAAAUUUAAUAGUGGCUUAACAAAAUCUAAUGAUAAAUUUCAACUAGAAAAAUUAAGUAAGGAAAUUACUGCAAACGAAUUGGAAAUUAAAGAAAUUGAAAAUCAAAUAAAUGAGAAAAGGAUUCAAUUAGAUCGUUUAAGAGAAAUCGAAUCAGAACUAUUAAACAAUGAUGCUGAUCAAUUGGUUUUAAUAGAAUUGAAUCAAUUGAUGUCAAAGGAAAAUUUACCAAACAAUAAUUGUAUCACAAGUAUCGUUGAUAAUUAUAAAUAUGAAAUUUGUUUCAAUCCACAAUCAGGAGCUAUUAAACAGAUUGAAAAUAAAUUACAUGGAAAUACAGUUAAUAUCGGUUAUUUCUCCAAAUUAUACAUUCAAGAUUCAAUGGAACGUAAGGAGAAAUUUGUAAAUUAUUUACGUUUAAAAUAUGCCACUACAAAUGAUAACGGUAAUGAUUUCAUUCAUCAUUUGAUUAACGAGUCUAAAAUAAUUGGAGAACAAGAUUAUCUGUUUGGGUCCCUAGACUCAUUAAACAAUGGUCUAACAAUAACCUACCAAAGUGGUGACAAGUGUUGGAAUGGUCCACAAAGAUCUGCACAAGUGAUAUUCACAUGCAGUGAUGAAUUCCAAUUGAAAAGUGUUCAAGAAACUACAAAAUGUCAUUACGUUUUCGACGUCACAGGUCCAUUUGGCUGUAAAAUUGAUGUAUAG